AUGAGGGAGAGGGUAUUAACCAAGGUCCAAGCAACAGUCGGAUUUGUAAGUGGAGUUACUGUUCCAAAAUUGGUCAAUUAUAAACGAAUUUAUACUCCAAAAGAUAUAAUUGAUGAUAUUAGAGAAUAUUAUGGGGUUCAAAUAUCUUACCAGCAAGCAUGGCGUGCUAAAGAACGUGCACUCUCCAUGAUUAGGGUAAAACCAUCUGCAGGAUAUAGACGGUUGCCGCGAUACAUACACAUGUUAAAAACCGUGUGUCCAAAUUCUUAUAUAAGAAUGCAUAAGACUGCAGAGGAUGAAUUUAUGUAUUUGUUCAUCGCCUUAAGACCAUUUAUUAGGGGAUUUAAUUACUGCAGACCAGUAGUUGUUGUGGAUGGUGCACAUCUGAGUGGAGCUUACAAAUGGACAUUUUUUUUCGAACAAUAUAAAAAUGCAUUUGGCGAGAGAAAAGAUAUGUGUGUUGUUUCAGAUAGAAAUGAGAGUAUCAUGAAGAGUGUGAGGAUUCUGUUCCCAAAUGUACCUCAUUAUGCAUGCAUAUGGCAUCUUUGGAAGAAUGUAUGUGGAAACUUCAAAAGGAGCAGAAAGGCCAUAAGUGAUCUAUUUUACUCUAUGGCCAAGGCAUAUAGAAAGGAAGAUUUUGAUAAGUUGAUGGCUAAGAUUGAUAGAAUUGAUUACAGGGUUAAGGAGUACCUUGAAGAUGCAGGUUACAAAAAGUGGUCAAGAGUUCAUGCAACAGUAAACAGAGGUAGAAUGAUGACUUCGAACAUUGCGGAAUGUAUCAAUGGUUGUCUUGUUGAAGCACGCCAAUUAACUAUAUUAGAAUUCUUGGAAGAAGUUAGAAUUCUUUUUGGUUCUUGGCAUUGCAAAAAAAGAGAAGUAGCCUCACACACGAAGGACACAUUAGGGAGAAAAUUUGAGGAAUUGUUGAUUAUAAACACGGCUAAAAGUUCAAAUAUGGAGGUUGUUCCAUCAUCUGAAUUUAUUUUCUCAGUUUAUGAAACUGGAAGAAGAUAUAUUGUUUGUCUUGAGCGGAAAGUAUUUUCUUUUGGUAGAUUUCAACUAGAUGAGAUACCUUGUUCACAUGCAAUCGCUGUAUUGAAAAAAAAGAAUGUCACAAAUAUGAAUCUGUAUUGCUCUGAUUACUACAAGCCUGAUGCAUUGGCAGAAACAUAUGAAAUUUCAAUGGUACCAAUGCCAGAUAAGGAAGAUUGGUCAGAUCCUAAUAAUGUGGUAGCUGAAACUCUGUAUCCACCUAGAUACAGAAGAUCAUCUGGACGACUAAGAAAAAGAAGAAAAAAGAAUGCAGAUGAAAAGAUUUCGUUGAACACAAACUGUUGUGGACAAUGUGGACAAGAAGGACACAACAGAAGAACUUGUACUUUCUACCCAAAAGAGAAGUGA